GUUAGUAUCAUGGUUGACAGAUGACAGUACGUAGUUGGUACCGAUCUCAAGUAGGUUGAUAAGUUCACGUUUAAUUUUCAGGAAUUAAAUUAUUUUCUGGUAAAUAAAGUAUUUCUUAUUGACCUAAGAGAAAGUGAAGUGAUAAAAAUACAAGUAUUUAAUUUAAUUAAUUAAAAUCGGAUUAUUUAUGCUUUAGUAAAAUGUUGAGUUUAGCACAGGUGUGCCGAUGUUCUAAUUAUUUGAGGACUCCAACUCGUGUCCUGUUAUCUAGUACAAAAGGGCAUGGGACAUUACCCUCGAGACAAUUGUUAACACCAGCACAAUGGAAUCACACGAAUAAAGGGCUUAGAAUAAGUGAAAUAAUCAAAAGGAAUGGGAUUGUUGCAAGGUUUUGUGCAUCAUCGUCCAAACCGAAAUCAACAAAAAUAGUUGGUUACUGGCUUCUUGGUUGCAGUGGUAUGGUUUUCACAGCAGUUGUGCUAGGUGGAGUGACAAGGCUAACAGAAUCUGGGCUAUCCAUGGUCACAUGGAAACUUCUUGGUGAAAAGCUGCCGAGGACUGAAGAGGAAUGGCAGCAGGAGUUUGAGAUAUACAAACAGUUUCCCGAAUACAAAUACAAGAACAUGAAUAUAACGCUAAGCGAGUUCAAGUGGAUCUGGUGGAUGGAGUUCGCGCACCGCAGCUGGGGCCGCGCCAUCGGGGCCGCCAUGUUCCUGCCGGCCGCCUUCUUCUGGGCCAGAGGCUAUCUGGACAAGGCCAUGAAGAUUAGGGUCGCCGCCUACUGUGCGCUCGUUGGGGCCCAGGGUCUAAUGGGCUGGUACAUGGUCAAAUCGGGCCUCGAGGACCGCUUCCAAGGGCCCAGCGAUGUUCCCCGGGUGUCCCAAUACCGUCUGGCCUCCCACCUUGGUCUAGCGUUCCUAUUGUACACGGGGCUCCUGUCCGGGGCCCUGAGGAUAUUGAGGCCAGUACCUGCUGGGGCCCUGUUUAGGAAAGUGAAGGAACUCAACGUUCUGACCGCCAUUGCGCACACCGUUAAGGCAAUGGUGUUUGUGACAGCGCUAUCGGGCGCGUUCGUGGCUGGGCUGGACGCGGGGCUAGUGUACAACUCGUUCCCCAAAAUGGGCGACCACUGGGUCCCGGACGACAUCCUGGCGCAGCGGCCCGCGGCGCGCAACUUCACGGAGAACCCGAGCACGGUGCAGUUCGACCACCGCGUGCUCGGCACGGCCACGCUGCUCGCCGCCAGCGCGCUGUGGGCCGCCGCGCGCGCGCGCCCGCUGCCGCCCGUCGCGCGCCGCGUGGCCCACGCCGUCACCGCUGUGGCCUGGCUCCAGGUAACACUAGGCGUCCUAACACUCCUAUACUAUGUACCGACUCCGUUGGCCGCCACUCACCAGUCCGGGUCACUGACCCUACUCACGCUGGCCGUUUGGCUCACACAUGAAAUCAAAUUACUAAAAUACUUACCCAAAUAAAAAAAUUAUAGAUUUAAGUUAUUGUCUUUGAUUUUUUAAUUGAGUAACGUGUGAUUAUAUAGUGUGCAUGUGCCCUUAUGGGUUCAUGUUCUUUAAAAUCAGUCAAUUUCGAAAUAUUAAAUCUUAUCAUAGAUAUCGAAUAGAGUCUACAAAUUUGAUUUAAUUUAACUUAUUUAUCUGAAUUAUAAUUUUAAAAAUCUUAAAUGAAAUGUCAGCUGUCAUGUAACUGCCAUUGUAUUACU